AAAGUCCUGACUACUUGUUCGACAAUUUCUCAACUGCUGAAUGUUUAACUUUGAUUAUAUUAUUAUGCUCAAUAACUUCGUUUGGCACUAGUGUUCAUGUUCUGUUUGAGCUCGAUAGAAAACAACAUGACACUUUUACACUCACCUGACAAAAAUUUGAAUUAUUCGCUGAUUACUGAUCCUGUUCUGCGCCUUAACAAAUUAGAUUGGCAAGUUGCUGACGUUAAGCCAUCUCAUUUUCACUUAUUUUUUGUGGUUUGAAAAAUUAAUAAAUUGUUCUUUUAUUACUUUAACAGCUGCUCAUGUUAUGCAUAUUGUUAUUUUUGUUGUAAGUUUCAAGCGGUUUUGAUUAUCCACCCCUACAUGCUUACUUUUUUAUAAUAAUUUGUUUCCGUGUGGUAUUCACUUGCUGUUCCUAUAACAAUUUGAGCUUCUUUAAUUUUUCUUUACUUUAUUACCCAUUCAAAGGAGGAAAGUAUGGAUUAAAUUUUACUCGAGGUAAAUUAAUUUUAAUUUAAAGGUUUUUGUUUAGUUUUUCCCUUUCUUCUGUUUCUAACUAGAGUUUCAACCGGGAGAAAAAUGCAAAGCUCUUUUUCUUCAGCGCCUUAAUUGAGUUGGAAGAAGCAGUAAAUUUUGAAAAUGCAAAAUAGUGAGGAGGAUUUUUAUUGAGUAUCUAGCCAACUUAUUCUGCUUUAAUCCUCGUUUCGAUUGCUGUCGCCUCUUUUGUUUUCUAUAUUUUGUUGACCAUAAAUUCUUCCCAGCCAGGUAGCAUUUAUACCAGCAUCAGUCUUAAUUCACCUACUUGAGGAGUGCAUCCGCCGGCUCUCUCAGUUUCACCGGCCGCCGUUCAUAUCUUGUCUAGGUUUCCAUCACCGCCCUUCCGUUGGGCUGCAUCAGAAGUAGGAGUAUUGGUAGUAGUUAGGCCAAUAGCUCCGCUGCUACUACCAAUCCAGCUUGUCUUGCCUUAUCAUCCGUUAUUUCACUCACAAAUGCCGCGAGCUUUUUCCCUUCUUGUGCCUAUUGCUUUCCUUAUUUUUAUUCCCUACUAAAUUAUACAUUCUUGAUAUAAUACACACAAAUAUCGAUUUUCCGCAUUUUUCGUCUCCAUUCAAUUAUUUUAACUGAAACAACGCUGCUGAGCGCUACUUGAAAAAUUUAUUGUGUCGUUUAACGCGCCUCUCUCAACUUUCAAUAUACGAGCCUAGCUUUGCGAUGGUGGUGAAUAUCAAGCGACACUUUUUCCUGUUGUUUUCAACUCGCUUUAUUUCAUUUUAAACUUUCCUUCCAUUCCAUCUUGAUUGAUCUAUUCCGAUUGUUUUUCUCUUGUGACUUCACGCUGUUUAGUUAAUCGCUUCGUUAACUUUGAAUGAAUGAAAUAGUUAUCGCUUUUUUUACCUUGAAUGAGUGAACUAAUUACAGGUUAGAAUGGAUUUAGAGCAGCCACACUCCGUUCCGGCUGCCUUUGGAUCCUCGACCCCACCGUGCAACCCAACAUCCGGAAGCCCCGCAUCUUCUGCCGACGAUUCAACUAUCCUCUCCAAAACUCCACCUGCUCAAAACCGGAAGAGUCCGUCCUCAACCCUCGUUAGAAAUCUGGUCCCUUCGCCUCGAGGGGUCAAGCGGAAGUCUAGCCUGACUCAGCAGGGUAACUCUGCCCCAAUUGGAACUUCACCCGAUGCAAGCAGUUCUGGUUUCGGACCUCCCAGCAAAUCUAGCUUUAUCAGCAAUCCUGCUGCCAAUACAGCUUUCUCAGGACCACAGUUUAAUAACGGUGCAGCCGAGUAUUCGAUGCACAGCAAUUUUGGUCCUCAAUACAAUCCCCAAAAUUCAAAUCAGAACAAUGUGGAACCACCUAGAAUGUCUGAAAUGACGUCAUUUCACUCGCCGGUCACUCUCAACAAUCAGUUCGGAGCUCCAAAUCACCUACAGCAGCACACGACAGUGCGACUGUUCUCAACAUCCAUGCUCAACAGAGCAGAAUCCUUCAUAUCCAGGGGCCAAUGCGCUCACUUGUCCUCUUUUCACGCCAACGAGGCCAACAGUGUCAAGUUCAUUAAUCCAAUCGAGGAUGACAAAAUGAAGCUGAAUAUCAAAAUGGAGGCGCAACAAAAGUAUAGCACAAAUAAGGCCAACACAGCCAUUGCAAACAUGAAGGCACUCACAGAUUCUAUCCCGACCCCGCGCUCCUGGCAACACCACUCUCCCGGAAAUGCUGGACUCUCGCCGGCUACAACAAACGCAGUGUCGACAGUGCCACCGGGACAACUAAUAGGCACUAACGCUAAUAUGCCGCCGGGAAACAACGUAGGAGAUGUAUCCAACCAAGGAGCUCAGAAUCAACCAACUUCACAAGCAAACGGAACACUCCAUACGAAUAUAAAACAGGAAGCAGAGUCAUGUCGGACAAAUGGCAGCAGUGGCGCAAACACUCAGAUGCCCACAUCCCAAAACAAUUCACAGUCGAAUCUUUCUCAAGACCUGCUGUCAAAGCGUGCAAUGAAAACGGAGUACUUGAAAACACUUAAAAAAUCCCUGCUAGAUGAUGAAAUGAACAUGAACGAUUGCAAGCCGAAUAUUCAAGGUCAAAUGCACCCAAUGAAUCCAGCAGCAAUGCAUCAUCACCAGAGGAUGAUGCACCCAAUGAUGGGUCACCCGCCUCCAGGAGCGCCUCCAGGAAUGAUAGCUCCAAUGGGAGGUGGCAACCAAACAGCAAACGCCGUGGCCAUGGCUGCUGCAAACAGAGCUGCAGCCAUCAGACAAGACUUGAUGCGUCAACAACAGCAGCAGCAACAGCACAAUCACGCAAAUUGCGUGCAGGGAAUGUGUAUGCAUCAAAUGAGUGGUCCAAGGGAGCUCCACCCGGCAGCCAGACAAAUGAUAGCAAUGGGACACCAUCCCUCUGCAAUUCCUGGCGGUCCAUCGCCCUACCUGCCUCCUGGGACACCUCCCCAUCUAGCUGCUCAAAUGCAUGCAAAUCCGGCUUUGAGAAUGAACCCAGCGAUGCAUCCCCAUAUGGUACCUAAGUGUAGACCUGGCUGCAAUAUCAACCACGUUCACAAUGUUAUGGGAAUGGCCGGGCAUCCUGGAGCACCGGGUCCCGGAGGAGGUAUUUUUAUGCCUCCAGGAAUGGGACCUAUGUAUUCACAGAAUACAAGAACUGGAGCUCAUAUGAUGUUUCCUCCUCCGAAUGGUGUCCAGGAGCCUGGUAUUAAUCCAGGCCAGCAAACUAUACCCGGCCAAGGCCCUGGGUUAAGUGGUAUGACCCAUGGCACAAAUACUCCUAUGAACAUGAAUUCGGCUCAGCCUGGCAGACCAAUGAUGCCCUUCAUUCCAGGAAAUGGGAUGCCUGGGGGUCUUGGAAGUUCAGCAGAAGGAGCUAAUUCAAACCAAGUACCCGGCGGACAACAGUACCCUGGUGGUGUACCAACGUCUAUGGCUUCAUUUCAGCAGCAGCAGAGAAUGCCAGUUCCACAACCUCAGCAACAACAACCUACUGGAAACAAUUCGAUGAUUAACGUAAUCAUGACAAUAGGAAGUGGAAAUGGAAAUUCACCAGGAAUGAACAACAUGUCGAAUCAGCAGCCGCCUGCUAUGCCUUCCUCGUCUCAGGUCCCCAACAUGAGCAAUAAUUAUCAAAUGCAACAGGCUCCAAACAAUAAUCCAAUGAUGAUGAUGAACAAUCCAAUGCCCAUGAAACAGGAACCUAAUCAGUCAAAAGUCAACUCACAGGGACCGAGUCCUCAGCAACCGUAUACAGGAAUGGGAAAUCCGGGUAUGUUCAAUGGAGCUGGACCUCCUCAUCAAGACAUGCCUUCACACAUGCCUGGACCCAAUAGUCAGUACAGCUCCCAAAUGCCAUAUCAGCAGAAUUUUGCAAAUGAGCCAGGCGCAAACUCUGACUUCUACUCUGUGAAGCAAGUGCAAUCUGAUUCCACCGCUGGCUCAAAUCAGUCUCUAGACCCUAAUAUGAUGUCACAACAGCAACAAGGUGGCUAUGAUAUGGAUGAGUUGGGAUAUCAUAACAUGAUGUCAGGAGGUGGAGACCAGCGCCAAAUAUCUGUCAAUGUUGAUAAAAACAGGUUCAUGGUUCAAAGCAAUUUGAAUGGAGCCCAAUUCAACGUCCAGGGAUCAGCACUUCCUCAGGGUCCUAAUCUGAGGACAAACGUGGCGGUUAACAUGCAGGUGCAGAGCAACAGAUAUCCUUCCACUGCAAUGACCAAUACCUCUAUGCCGUCUCAGAUGAACCAGUACAAUAAAUAUGGACCCGGAUUUGACCCUGCUGGUCAGGGCAUGCCACCGUCUGCUCCGAAUUCAAACAACACGCACCAGCAGCAAAUGUGGAAUCAACAUAUGGAAUCAAAUGGAAUGCAUACGGCUUCUCAACCCACGCAGAUACACAGAGCACCCAACUUUGAAAUGUACUCGAGCUUAAGCGACUUCAAACCCAUAUCAGACACGCCUAAAGGUACUGUAGAGUAUCUGCCGGAUGGAAAAACAAGGGAAAAAUCAAAAGACAAUCCUGACUUUCCAAGCUCGAAUAACCCUGCCGCACCAAUGUCUCAUGGUAUUCAUAUGCAGGGUGGUCCAGAUAUGAUGCCCUCAUCCCAGAACAUGAUGAUGGCGGGAGGGGGGCCCGAUGGUCAACCGGGUGGCAUUGGUCAAAAUCCGAUGAUGAUGGCUCCCGGCGGGGGUCCUAUGUAUGAUCCUAGAAACACUUUCAAUGAGUUCCAGUUCUCUUCUAUGUAAAAACUGUUUAGUUCAAGUUAAAUAUUUGGCAUUCAGUAGGUAGAAAUUGCACUUAUCCAAUUACAACUGUGGUAUAGUGAUAAAUCAUUGACGAGUCAAUCGAUUCAGUAGCGCAGUACUGUUCAAUCCAUUAGACUUAAUCAUGCCGAGGGAUUUUCAGAUUGAGAGCAGAGACAAUUGACAUUUUAUCUGCUGUUGUCAAUAUUUUUGAGUAGAUGAUAAAUGUAAAUUGCACUUAGAUAAUUUGAUUUACAUAUUUUUCUCUAAAUGCGAUGAAAUAUUUUCCUGUUAAA